AUGAAUCGCUCCACACUAUCCAUACAAUCUCGGUUCGAAAGUAUCUGGCUCGACGCUGAAUUUGUAUCCAAAUGUGGGAAAAAGCUAGACCUGCCAAUCAUCGCCAAUGAACGCUGUGGGAGUUGGUAUGUCAGCCCAGAGAAUCUGGCAGACAGCUGCUAUUUCAAAAGCACGGAUGGACAUAAUGAAAAUCUCUUGUACGGUGACACUCUCGACGUCAAAGACUUCCUCCCACCCGACGACAUACUAUCCGCGGAAGAAGCUGAAGCUAUCAAAAGUGCAAUUCCCGCCAUCAUAGACGACGCAAAGCAACUGCACCUCGACAUCCCCAAACUCCGCACCCUCCUAACCCGCCCAAUCCGCCCCAUCUUCAUCGACCCCAGCACCGCCCUCCCCACCACCAACGCCCUCUCGCGCCAAUCUCACCACACCAUAGCCUGCCUAAUGGCCUCAAACGCCCACUCCGCCCCCCUCACCGCCCCCUCAUCCUCCUACCUCCCAGGCGCCGGCGACGACGAAGACAACUGGUCGCUCUCGCUAACACCCGCGCAAUUCUGGACGCACCAGCCCUCCCUCCGCUCCGCGGCCUCCACAAGUCCCGCCGCAGUCACAGAAACCAUCACGACCAUCAUCAAAACGCCAGAAACCUCCCCCCGCUCCCUCAAACCCGCCACAAUCGACCACACGCACCUGACAAUCGGGACGACAGCCCUCCACGCAGCCCCAAAAGUCCUCCAGCUCCUCGACCCCUUCGACGUCAUCAUAGUCUGCAACGACGACCCCGGCCUAUCCGCAAGCCAGCACCGCCUCGUCGCCCGCGGCGUAGAGCCGAAUCUGAUCGAAAUGGGGCUGAAAGACGGCAAGCUGGGCGCUCGCGUGCUGCGAAAGCGGCUUCAUCUAGUCGAGAAAGCGUUGAUGAAGGUAGAGGCGCGAAUGCCUCGGAUCCUGGUGACCUGCAGCACAGGGCGGGAUUUAUCCGUUGGGGUGGCGUUGGCGAUAUGGUGUUUAUUUUACGACCGGGGCGAUGCGUUUAUACGGGGCGGGACGGUGCCGAAGGCGGAGAUCACGAAGGUGUAUAUACGGGAGCGAUUAGCUAGUUUGACGAUGAGUAAGCCGGAUGCGAGCCCCAGUAGGGCGACGUUGCAGUCAGUACACGCCUAUCUGAUGCCGAAGGAGGACGGGAAGAAGGAGGAGCGGGUGGAGGAGUGGUUGGGCGGAGUGGAGGAGGCGAAAGAGAAGGCGAAGAAACAGGGAGAGACGCUGGGGAGGUUUUUGAUUGGGAGUGGAGCCAGUGUUUGA